AUGAGCGGCACCCUGUCUCAGGGCUCAAGCCCAGCCCGCCUCACUCUCUGGGAGGAAGAGAAUUUUCAGGGCCGCCGCUGUGAAUUGAUGAGCGACUGUUCCAGCAUCCGAGAGCUUAGCGGCUUUCGCAGGGUGCGCUCUGUCAAGGUGGAAAGCGGCGCAUGGGUGGGCUUCGAGUACCCGGAUUUCCAGGGCCAGCAGUUCAUCCUGGAGAAGGGCGACUAUCCUCGAUCUACUGCUUGGAGCGGCAGCAGCGGCUAUCGAACAGACCAGCUCCUCUCCUUCCGGCCUCUGCUCUGCGCUAAUCACAGCGACAGCCGAGUGACCCUUUAUGAGGGUGAAAACUUCCAGGGCUGCAAGUUUGAGUUGAGCGACGAUUACCCAUCCCUGCCUGCCAUGGGCUGGGCCAGCAAGGAUGUGGGCUCCCUCAAAGUCACCUCAGGAGCGUGGGUCGGCUACCAAUAUCCUGGCUUCCGGGGCUACCAGUAUGUAUUGGAGCAGGACCGACAUAGUGGAGAAUUUAGAAAAUAUAGCGAGUUUGGUACCCAGGCCCAUACCAACCAGCUGCAAUCCAUCCGAAGAGUCCAGCACUAG